AUGUCUCAAGAUCUCGAGCCCAUCGUGCGCAUUCGCGAGCUGAAGAGGGACCGUGUCAAUUUUGUUCUCGAGAAUGUUGACCUUGCAUUCGCCAACUCCUUUCGCCGUGUCAUGAUGGCAGACAUUCCGACAGUCGCCAUUGACAUUGUCGAGGUCGAGACAAACACCUCCGUGCUGCCGGACGAGUUCAUCGCACACCGACUCGGCAUGGUCCCACUUAACAGCCAUAAUUGCGACGAGGGCAUGCGAUAUACACGAGAUUGCACAUGUCUUGGAUGGUGUCAGUUCUGCGCGGUUGAGCUCUCUCUCGACGUCGCAUGCAAUGAGUCGGUCACCAUGGACGUCACGAGUGCACAUCUUGAUCUUAUAGGGCCACGGCCAGGUGGACAAAAUUGGAACGAUGAGGCGGAUGGAGGAGACGAGCUUGGGAAGCGGGAUGCGAAUUUCGGGCUGCCAGUUGGCAAAGAUGACCCUACUGCGCCUCCCAUUCUCAUUUGCAAACUUCGCAAGGGACAAGCGAUCAAGUUGCGUUGUAUAGCCAAGAAGGGCAUCGCAAAAGAGCACGCAAAAUGGUCGCCCUGCUCUGCAGUGGCAUUCGAGUACGAUCCUCACAACAAGCUCCGGCACACCACCUACUGGUACGAGACAAAUGCACGCGCGGAGUGGCCCUUGAGCGAGAACGCAAAGGAGGAGGAGGAGCCGCGGGACGACGAGCCGUAUGACUAUAACGCGAAGGCGAAUCGCUUCUACCUUGAUGUCGAGACGGAUGGGAGCUUGGGCCCACAAGAAGUGGUUAUGAAGGGUCUGCAAGAACUGCAAACAAAACUCGCCAACCUGAUUCUCGGCCUCAAGCCCGAACCAGAGAUCGACGCCCUCCAAGGUGGGGGACUCUCCGUCAACCAACAAGGACCCAACGGAGCCGGCGGCCUAGGUGCCAUCCCGCCCGCCCAAACACACUCGGCCGCAGCAGGCUGGUCACAAAGCGGCGGGUGGGGUGGUAGCCCUGCUGCGCCAGGCGGAGCGUCAGCAUGGGGCGGUGCCGCUUCGCCUCGAGCUGCUGGAUGGGGGGCAACACCCGCGCAGAGCUGGAGUAGUCCGGCGGGUGGCAGUGGGGGUGCGAGUGGGGGUGGGGCCACGGGGUGGGGAGGCAGUCCGGCUGCUGGAGGAGGUGCCGGCGCAUGGGGUGCCGGGAGUGGGAGCGGGAGCGGGCCUGCGUCUGGGUGGGGCAGUCCGUCGCCGGCGCAGAUGAAUGGAUGGAACACGUAG